UUUUAAAGGGAGGGACAGUUUUGUAAAUUCAUAUAAGUACAUUCCUACAUCUUCUCCCUCAUCUCGAUUACCAAACUCUCUCUCUCUCUCUUCUACGCAAUGUCCGCAACCGCCACUCGCCUCCGACACCUUGCCACCGCCGCCACAGCUGCAGUAGCAGUUACUGCAUGCGGUGGCGCAAUCCUUUUAACUCCAUCUGUAUCUUCUAAUGACCGGGCCAGUGGCCACGCGACCGUCGAGUCCCUGAGGCGAACAAUUAUUGAUCCGAGCGCCGUCGUUCCUUCCCGCGCUGCCCAGGAAUCGACCCUGAUUGCUGCCAAAUCUGGUAAUCCAUUCGACAUCCUGGUCGUUGGCGGUGGUGCCACCGGUUGCGGUGUUGCUCUGGACGCCGCCACAAGAGGCCUCCGUGUCGGCCUCGUCGAGCGAGAGGAUUUUUCCUCCGGAACGUCUUCGCGGUCCACCAAGCUUAUUCAUGGAGGAGUCCGCUACUUGGAGAAAGCUGUCUUUAACCUUGACUAUGGGCAGUUGAAGCUGGUUUUCCAUGCACUUGAGGAGCGUAAACAAGUUAUUGAGAAUGCUCCUCAUCUUUGUCAUGCCUUGCCAUGCAUGACGCCCUGUUUUGACUGGUUUGAGGUAGUAUACUACUGGAUGGGCUUGAAAAUGUACGAUCUGGUUGCUGGAAGACGUCUUUUACAUUUGUCCAGAUAUUAUUCUGCACAAGAAUCUAUUGAACUCUUCCCCACACUUGCUAAGAAGGGCAAAGAUAAAAGCUUGAGGGGCACAGUUGUGUACUAUGAUGGUCAGAUGAAUGACUCACGCCUAAACGUUGGAUUAGCUUGCACUGCUGCACUUGCUGGGGCAGCAGUGCUUAACCAUGCAGAAGUUGUAUCCUUUAUUAAAGAGGAAGAUACGCAGCGGGUAAUUGGUGCAAGAAUUCGUGACAACCUGUCAGGACAGGAGUUUGACACCUAUGCAAAAGUUGUUGUGAAUGCGGCUGGACCAUUUUGCGACUCUUUAAGGAAAAUGGCCAAUAAAGAUGCACUGCCUAUGAUAUGUCCUAGCAGUGGUGUGCAUGUUGUUCUCCCAGAUUACUAUUCUCCAGAAGGAAUGGGCUUGAUUGUCCCUAAAACUAAGGAUGGACGAGUUGUCUUCAUGCUUCCAUGGUUGGGGAGAACUAUAGCUGGCACUACAGAUUCUAGUACUUCCAUCACCCCACUUCCAGAACCACAUGAGGACGAAAUUCAAUUUAUACUUGACGCGAUCUGCGAUUACCUUAAUGUCAAGGUACGACGUACAGAUGUUCUUUCUGCCUGGAGCGGUAUCCGUCCAUUGGCUGUUGAUCCUAAUGCAAAGAGCACCGAGAGCAUUUCUAGAGAUCAUGUUGUUUCCGAGGAAUAUCCUGGUUUGGUAACAAUCACUGGUGGGAAGUGGACUACUUAUCGAAGCAUGGCAGAAGAUGCAGUUAAUGCUGCUAUCAAGUCUGGUAAACUGAGCCCAAGCAAUGGAUGUAUAACAAGCAACCUGCGGCUGAUUGGUGGAGAUGGAUGGGAACCCUCGCUUUUUACUGUUCUUGCUCAGCAAUAUGUACGCAUGAAGAAGUCACAUGGUAAAAUUGUUCCUGGGGUGAUGGACGCUGCUGCUGCAAAGCAUUUGUCUCAUGCAUAUGGCACCUUAGCAGAACGAGUGGCCUCCAUAGCUCAGGAUGAAAAUUUGGGUAAGAGGCUUGCUCAUGGGUACCCUUAUCUGGAGGCGGAGGUUGCAUAUUGUGCUCGAAACGAGUACUGUGAAUCUGCGGUUGAUUUCAUUGCCAGGAGGUCUCGCCUUGCUUUCCUUGAAACCGAUGCAGCAAGCCAUGCCUUGCCACGCAUUAUCGAAAUACUUGCUGUUGAGCACAAUUGGGACAAGUCAAAGCAGAAGCAAGAAAUGCAGAAGGCUAAAGAAUUUUUAGAAACUUUCAAGUCUUCAAAGAAUGCACAGUUCCAUGAUGGGAAGCAUCAGUAGUGUCUCGAGAGCAGUUUCGGAGUUCAGGGCUCUCUUUAUUUUUUUUUACAUAUACAGGCGCAUACAUCUACGUCAUUGAGCAAAGGAAGGAUCGAAUUGAACUUGAUUGUGUAGAGCUUGCUCUGCAUCGUUAAUAAAGCAACUCUUUUAAGAGAUUGCCAGUUCACAGGACCUGGUAUAAAGGUUUCGGACAUGUUCCCCU